AAAGUCAUUCUUUUUCGUUGAGGUGAUUCAUACAUAUUCGUACAUACGUAGUUGGUUGGAUAAUAAUAAGUAGCUAGUCACUAGCUACUUGUGUAUAAUAAAAGUGAGUAUACAGACUUGACUUGCAAAAUUGUGGCAGUGACGACAAUCAUAUCAGUUUAGCUACAGAUACACAACAUUCUUGGAGCAAUUUUAAAAUUUAAAAUAUUAACAGGAAUUGGAAUUGCAAAUUGUAAACGCAUUGGAACUUUAACAGGAAUAAAAUGUUGUCUGGAAUAUUUGACAUGUUUAGUUCUUCGGACAAAAGCAAGAACUUUGAGGAACAUAUACUACCCAUACCUCAACAUUCUGGGCGACCGUUAACAUACACUGACUGCUUCACAUGGCUUAAUCAGAAGGUGGUGGUCCUUUUAGUGAGAUUUGACAACCCCCAGAUUGGCACUGUUAAGUAUGUCGGGUCCGACGAUAGAGGAAAUUUAUGUGCUGGAAUUGAAUUCCAAUACAACGUGGGAGGAAUGUCAGGAAAAAUUCACGGACAAAAAUUGUUUAAAGCAAAGUCAGGACAUGGGUUACUAAUCCCUGUUGAAUACGUUCGACUUCUUGUAGACUAUGAAGACGGGAGAAAUAUAUUUCCUGUUACGCCUUCGACAUCAUCAUCUCAAGUUCACAGAGCUCAAUCGGUCCCAUCAAAUAUGGGAAUCCAAAUCAAGAAUAAUCCGAUAAAUAAUAUUCCUUUUGAAGACUACAUCCCCCUUACUUUACCUUCGCUUAGUAUUGGAAGCAACGUAGUCUGGUUGGGUGGAUCAUCUCCUCAAACCGGAAUUGUUAGGUGGAUUGGAAAAGCAGGACGAAGUGACAACACUCCCAUUAAAGUCUGGGUGGAAAUGGACGACUUUAUGGGAUAUGGGCACAACGAAAUGGACCUGGGCGUAAAAUUCGGGUGUGCCUCAGGACGGGGAAAAUUGUUUCCAGCGGAUGAGUUAAUUCUUUUAGAAAAUUUCCUACCAGAAGAAACCGUUCCUGAUACAAUGAGCCCCCAAAAAAAUGCAGUAGCAAUACCUUUACCGGCUGGUCAAUCCUUUGAUCAUAUGCCUGUGUAUGACAUUGCAGUCAUCAAUGGCGUCAAUGGUUUAGUUGAAAAUAAACCUUCUGUGGUUGUGCCUGAGAGUAUCUCAUCGCCAAUUAACAAGCCUUCACCAGAUUGUGAUCUAAUCGACUUUUCAGAAAGCGAAAAUUUAAAAAUUACUCCUGAAGGGAAUAGUAUGGCAGAUCUAGAAUUUCGACGAAUCAUGAAACCUGAUGAACCGAUGGAAACCAAUGAGACUUUCGUUCAAAGUGUUGGAUCAAUUUCACCAUCUUCAAAUGAAUUUGCUGCAAGUGCACCGCCAUUGUCACUGCCGAAUGACUCGGUCAGCGAUGAGCAGUUGCCCAUAAUAACUGGGAAUGAAUUAAUAUCCGAUGCCGCAACACAUACGCACGGAAAUGCACCAGUAGUGACAAAGACGGUUGUUCUUAACGGAUGUGUAAUACCAGAUAAAGUAUUGAUGAAGCUUGUGGAUGACAAAACAGAAGAUUACUUGCCACCAUUCAUUGUACCUCCGAUUGACAUCUUGGAAUUUUUUAGGGCUGAAGGUCAGAAAGGAAUUCAAGGAAUGAGGAACUCGUGUUACAUUGAUGUCGUUUUAUUCUCCAUGUUUGCCUUCACGGACACGUUUGACCCUUAUUUCCUUGAUAAAAAUAAUUUAUUCAACAAAGUUCCUGACUCCGUAUUCACUAAAACUGCAAAGAAAGUCCUCGCAGAGCAUAUAGUCAAUCCUUUGCGACAAAAUUACUACUGCCCUGGCACCGGGGUGAAUUCAUUGCGAGAGCUAAUGAUUCCAUUCAGUGAUAAGCUGGACGGUGCGUUUAUGGACGUUGAGGAAUUGAUGCUCAUCAUGUUCGACAAGUUGUUCCAGUUGAAGGAAUUUAUUACCUACGACAAUGGAGUAAGAGACUACCUACACCAAAUUAAUUUGGGGGACCAAGCUCUAGCGCCUGUGAUAACCCUUAAACAGUGCCUUGAAAUGAGUUUUCAAGAUUAUAAUCUUAAACUACAAUGUAUUCCAUCUCCGGCCUUCAUCAUCGAAGUUCCUCGCCACCAUCAUUCAGUCAUUCAAUCAACGGUCAUUGUUCCAAAUCUGACAUUAAACAUGGACUCGUUAUUGUCGAGCAAGGGCUCCGAGAAUUCAAAUACAGUGAAAUUGAUGAACUUGGUAGCAGUCAUCUGUAUUAUCGAUGUUCACUUUGUCACCUUUGUAAAAUGUGGAAAGGGUGUGUUAUCCCAUUGGGUACUCUUCGACUCUAAUCCGAGUGAAGAAAGACCAAAGGUCGAAAUCGUUACCAAUAUGGGAGAAUGUUUGGAAAGUUUGGAGCACCAAGUUUUAACUAAUCCUGCAAAGGUUUCUGAAAGCAAGCAUAAAUUACCACCACUUGUUCAAAAGCUGUUAUCGGAUAUUUACGUUUGUAUUUAUUGUCCUGCAAGUAUGGUUUAAUAACCUAACUGAUAUAAUUAUUUCCUACACUAAGCCUUUGCAACUUGCCUUCGUACGCAAAAAAUAUCGAUUCGCAUUGGAGAACAAAUGAACUAAAUAUUAUUUAUAAAAAAAAAUAAGGAUACAUAGUUUAUCGCAUUGUAUACUUACUUAUUGUAUAUUGAAUAAGUGAGUAGACGAACAUAGGAAUUGUAGAGUGAUUCGCAAUAAAUUUUUAUUCACUAUAAAAAA